AUGAGCGUGUCGAACAAGGCGGAGCGCGACGGCGUGCCGCAGCCCGCGUUGCAUGGAUCAGGAAGCGGAUUCGGUCUAGGGAUCGUGGUCGAUGGCGAGGCGCCUGCGAGCUCGCCCCGCCGCAAGCGCGCGGUGGACCUCACGCCGACCGACGUGCGUGCGGCCAAGUCGCCGUUCCGGCGCGCGCCGGGCGUCCUGCCGUCGCUUGCGACGUCGGACCGCAUUGUAAUUGAUGAUGUGCUGGAGCAGUACUCGCCGCCAAAGCCGGGCGACGAGGACUGGGGCCAGGACGUGUCGCAGAGCUUUGACAUCUCGCGCGACUCACAGGCAGCCCCGGCGAUUAUCGACGCGUAUGUGCGCAUGCCGUACGAGAGCAAGUCGGUGACGUUUGAUACGAAUGUGUACGAGGCGCCUGCACAAGAGCACCUCGCGACGCCGGUGCCGACGCGCGAGGCACCGCCCGUCCCUGCCGCCGUCCAGGCCCGCGUCGAGGAAGUGACGCAGGCGGCGGAAGACACGCCGGUCGACCGCGCAAUGGAGGAGACGCUUGCGGAAGGCGAGGCGAUGGAGAUUGAUGUAGACGAGGUGGCCCCAGCGCUUGCGCCGCCCCCCCGGGCCCCAGAGGCUGGUGCAGAGGCGCCGGCCGCCCCCGCCGAGGUCGAUGCGCUCCUCUACGACGGCACCGAAGCGACGCCGCGCCCUGCGUCUGCGCCGCUUGCGCCCCCCACGACGAUUCUCAACGAGGGCGGCUCGCCGGCGCUCGGUGCAGUGUGGGCGCAGGACGAGACGUCGUUCGACGCAAACACGUCGGCCGUCGGCGACGAGCCGUCGGUCAUUGAGCGCUCGGUCGACCCCGAUGCGUCGUACGAGCGCCAGGAUACAAGCAGCCUGCUGGCCGCGGAGCGUGUCGAGAACCUCGUCGACCAGCUCCUCCAGGACGAUAUUCUUGCCAUGCCCAGCGAUGUGCCGCAGAUGCCAACGAGUGCCUCGAUCAAGCGCCUGCACGAACCGGCGACCUCGCCGCCGCCCGUGCCGACGCCGCGCCUCCUCUCGCCGGACCUGCCGACGCUCCCCAGCUGGAGCCCCAUUACGCUGGACGGCAUGCUCCCCGAGGACGCCGAGCCUGCGCCGAAGCGCGCCGUGGAGCUGCCGAUGCGCACGGUGCGCCCGCACAUUACCCGCGACUCGAUCCGCCGGCGUAUGGACCGCCGGAGACAGGGGCUGAAUCCGUACGAGGACACCGCCGCCUCGCUCUCGCCCGAGCUCGAGCAGCGCGAGAUUCCUUCGCGCAUGUCGCUCGACGAGCGGGCGACGCGCCCCCGCGAAGAGCGCCCCGCGCCGUCGCGCAUGUCGCUCGACGUCCCCCGGCGCCCGGUGCCGACGGCGCGCGCGCGCACUUCGCUCGACACAGCCGACAUCCCUGGCCUGGCGCCUGUGGCCCACGACGGCGGCGCGAGCGCUGCGCGCUGGGCCUCGCCCCUGACGCAGAUGGAGUCCGAGCUAAAGAGCCGCGCGAGCGAGACGUCGCCUGCGCCGCCCCUCGCCAACGCCUCGCCCGAGAUCGAGCGCCAAAAGACGUGGUUCGCCGAGGAAAAGGCGGCGGAGAAAGAGGCCAAGAGCGAUGCCUCGUCGCCGACCGAGUACUACUCGCCGACCGAGCACGAGAUGGCCAAGAGCACCAAGGACGCGCCUGCGUCGAGUGUCCCGUCCGAGGACGGGCCGUUUAGCCACCUGCUCGAGCGCGAGCUCUCGCGCAUCGUGACCGAGAGCGACCAGAAGUACAAGGUGCACAACCGCGGCGUCUUCCAGUCGAACUCGCCCGAGCUCGCGCAGAUGCCGCGUUUCUCGAUGCAGCCCGUGGAAGAGCGCGGCUGGCAAAAGCUGCGCCAGCCGAACGAGGUGAAUGCCUUCCGCAAGACGUCGGGCCCUGUCGUGACGUCUGGCGAGCAGACGACCGGCCGCAUGUUUGUGAUGAUCGACUCGUUCAUCCCGUCGGGCCUGCCGCUGCCGAAAGAGCACACCGAUUUUUCGAUCGUGCUCGACAAUGGCAUCCACAUGGUCAAGACGGCGGCCUCUCCGCUGCACCCCGGCGCCGAUGGCCUGUGCCCCAUCCAGCAAGAGUUUGAGCUGGUGGAGCACGACGGCCUCGAAGUGAGCUUUACGCUGAUGCUGCAGCUCGAUGCGCACCUUGUCGAGGAUACCGCCCCCGAGGAUGGCCUGCUCGACAAGCGCAGCCAGCGCACUGGCGUCGGCAAGCUCCUGCAUCCCUUUGCGUCGCGUGCUGCGCGCGAAGGCACGUCGCGCUCGCGCUUUAUGAGCAAGGCGCGUGUCCCUCCCAUGCUGCACUACGCCAACCGCCACGGGACGCUCGGCCGCGCGACCGUGGCGCUGGACAGUGUGCGUGGCCAGUGCUAUGCGCGCAGCAUGCUCAUCGACCUGCCCGUGCGCCCCGUCGGCGAGUCGAAAAAGAGCCUCGGCGACGUGCCGCGCAUGAGCCUCGAGCGUGCGAAAGGCUUUGCGGCGAACCUCGCCAAGCCCCGCGGCUCGCUGCGCCUGCGCGUCUUUUACCUCCCCCCCCUCCCGGUGUCGCUGCAAGGCGAGCUGCCCAAGAACCUGAGCGAGUGCGAGCAAGGCAUGAACAACAUCGCCUGGCACCAGACCGGCACGACGUACCGGGGCACCCUCACGCAGCUCGGCGGCGACUGCAAGACGUGGCGCCGGCGCCCGAUGCGCAUCAUGGGCCUCAACCUGAUCUGCUUCAACGAGGUGACAAAGCGCCCCACGACGCGCAUCGACCUCGUGCAGGCGCUCGCCGUGGAAGAGUGCCGCAAGCUGAGCAGCUCCGAGCUCGAGGAUAUGGACGAUAUGAUCCCGCUACAGCGCUCCUUCCGCAUCACGUUCCGCGACGGAGAAAAGAUCUACAUGUUUGCCGACACGGACAGCGAGAAGCAGCAGUGGCUGCGUGUGCUCCAAAACAUUGUCUCGCACAAGCUCCCGGUGCCCCCGGGCUGGGCACAGGCCGCGUUCCAGUCCUCGAACGCGUUCCACGGCCUCCCGCAGCCGAGCCCGACGCAGCCCGCGGCACAGGCGACGUCGACCGUGCGCAAGACGAUUGCCACGGACGAAAACGCGCCGCGCAUGCAGAUGCCGCAGGACCGGCGGCCACGCACGAUGCCGCAGCGCACACGCCCCACCGAGCCGCCGCGGCCGCCGCCCGCUGCGGAAAAGGCACGCAUGGCACGCAAGCCGCCGCCGACGAUGCCGGAAAGCACGACGCCCAAGGCGCCGCCCCCGCAGCUCGCCCAGACCAACGUCCUCAAGGACGCGCAGCAGCCGACAGCAAGCCCCCCUCUGCCCAGCAAACCGAAUGUCAAGUCCAAGGCGCGCCAGCUCUUUUCCAAGGUCCAGGGCGACGGCACACAAAAUUCGCGCUGGGGCCUCAACUUUUCGCAGACGAAGCCCCUGCGUCCGUUUUAA